UUCGUCCGUGAUUCGCCAUUUUGUGAAGUAUGUGAAUAGUGUAAAGUUGUAGACUGGUAUAUUUAUUUAAAUAAUAUUGCAAGUUAUAAAUGUAUAUUCUGUCAACAUUUUUGCGUUAGCGGUUGGUGUUAAAUUAAAUGUAAUCUUAAAACUAAUUUGAGAUGGGGUUAAAUUGAAAAAAAUUGCUUAGAUGGGCUAUUAAAAAAUUAAAGGAGCAUUUUUAAGCUGAAAGUAUGGUUUAAGUGUAAUAAAGACAAAUCACAUAAAAUACAAAACUGAAGCCAAGUUCACAUGAACUCGAGUAACCGAGAUAGUAUACUUCUGAUAUUUGUAUAACUUGAACAACUUUUUGCAUAUAUUUUGAAGUAGAAUAGUCUCGUCUAAUUUAAGAUUUGACUUCGAGCUAAGUAUACAAAAAGUCCAUCGGAGGCGACAUUAGCGCUUUUGCAAAGCAAUUAGCCUUUGACUUUUUCCGAAAUGGGUAAUAACGCAACUACAUCUAAUAAGAAAGUAGAUGCUGCUGAAACAGUUAAGGAAUUUCUUGAGCAAGCCAAAGAAGAAUUUGAAGAUAAAUGGCGCCGAAAUCCAACAAAUACUGCAAGCCUGGAUGAUUUUGAACGUAUUAAGACCUUAGGUACCGGUUCUUUUGGACGCGUUAUGAUUGUUCAGCAUAAACCGACAAAAGACUAUUACGCCAUGAAGAUUCUUGACAAACAAAAGGUUGUUAAACUUAAACAGGUGGAGCAUACCUUGAACGAAAAACGUAUUCUCCAGGCUAUUCAGUUUCCGUUCCUGGUUUCUCUCCGCUAUCACUUCAAGGAUAAUUCUAAUUUGUAUAUGGUAUUGGAAUAUGUUCCAGGCGGAGAAAUGUUUUCACAUUUACGUAAAGUGGGUCGUUUUUCGGAGCCACAUUCUCGAUUCUACGCUGCACAAAUUGUACUUGCUUUUGAGUACCUCCACUAUCUUGAUCUUAUUUAUCGAGACCUAAAACCGGAGAACUUAUUGAUUGACUCACAAGGAUAUCUCAAGGUCACGGACUUCGGAUUUGCUAAACGUGUCAAAGGCCGCACAUGGACAUUAUGUGGCACUCCUGAAUACCUAGCUCCGGAGAUUAUUUUAUCUAAAGGUUAUAACAAGGCUGUCGACUGGUGGGCCCUUGGAGUACUCGUGUAUGAAAUGGCAGCUGGCUACCCGCCAUUUUUUGCAGACCAACCCAUCCAAAUAUAUGAAAAAAUCGUAUCGGGAAAAGUGCGUUUUCCUUCUCAUUUUGGCUCUGAUUUGAAAGACUUGUUGCGCAAUCUUUUGCAAGUCGAUUUAACAAAACGUUACGGUAAUUUAAAAGCAGGUGUCAAUGAUAUUAAAAAUCAAAAGUGGUUUACGUCGACCGACUGGAUUGCAAUCUUCCAGAAAAAAAUUGAAGCACCAUUUAUUCCACGGUGUAAAGGGCCCGGUGAUACUAGUAACUUUGAUGAUUAUGAGGAAGAGGCGCUUCGAAUUUCCAGCACUGAAAAGUGUGCAAAGGAGUUUGCUGAAUUCUAAUUGUGUUAUAAAAUUUUUUACAUACUGACGCGUAUGGACAAAAUUAAAUAUUGACCUAAUUAGGAGCAUUAAAAAACACAUAAACAUAAAAAUAUACUUUAUAAUUACGCUCGACAUGUCUUAUCUCGUGUACCAGGUAGUUCAAUGGUGUUCUUUAAACUACCUACAAAUAAUUACUUUGAAGCCUAUAAUUUAAAUCAAAAUUAUUUUAAUUGUGAGCACUUCACAAAUGAUUUGCCAACUAUACGCACUGCUCCUUAAUUAAAAAAAAAAAAUAUUUGAAGGGCAAUAGUUCAACGUCCUCUUAUCAAUUUUCUGGUCAUGCCGUGCAACAAAACCUUCAAGGAUCAUCAAAAAAGUAUAGAGGCAUAAAUUAAAAACCAACGUACAUUUAGGGACAGCGCUUUUGUUGCUUUAUCUGGCAUUAAAUAUAAAAUAUAUUACAAUGGUCAGAGAUUUGGAACCAUCGUAUGCGAUUACUUGGACACUACUUCGAAAUGAAAUAUCCUAAAAUGGAUGCUCACAAAAUGUUCCCAAUAUAAAUGCAUAAAAGGUAGCUAUUGAAGAGUUGAUUGAAAUAUACAUAUGACGUAUGUAUUUACUACAUAUCUGCCCUCAAACUGGAUGCCCAUAAAAAGGAACAGUACUAAGCGAUAUCAAUAAAAAAAUAUUGUACGAAGAAUUCGCUUGCUUUUGGAAAAUGGAACGAUAAAUAAUAAGUAUAUGUAUAAGAAAAUUGUGUUGCUAGUAAAACUUUAUAUUAUAAAGUAACAAAGAAGUAAUACCCAUAAUUAUUCAUCAUACAUUAAGAAUCCAGAACUAAUAUGUGACGAAUCAUACAUCCAACUAAAUUAAAUAAUAAAACAGAAGUUGAGAAGAAAACAAAUA